AAAAAAAAACAGAAUAUUCGUAUACUUUUAAUUACGGUUGUUUCUAUUUCUUCUUCUGCGAUUCCCAAUCUUUGUACAUAAUAUUUAAAGUCAUCGCCGUUUAAUUUUCAGCCGGGGAAAAUCUCCGAUCAUCGUCGGAAAUUUCCAAAACCGUGGUGAAAGAAGUUCAAUUGCGUCGUUGGUUCCUUUGUUUUUUUUUUGUUGGGACUUUUGGUUGCUAAAAUCUGUUUCGGAUUUUGUCCUAAUCCUCGUUAGUUUGGGUUUUGUCUCUGUUUUUAUAAGAACAUGGGACAACAAAAGAGAUGGUUGUUCUUGCUGGCAAUUUUUGCUUGUCUUCUUUCCUUUUCAUCUGGUAGUAGAGUACUCAAGUUAAAAAGCGAUGAUGGUCGACCUGUUUACAACCAUACGCUUGCCAUAACACUUGUUGAGUAUACUUCAGCGGUAUAUAUGUCUGAUUUGUCAGAACUCUUCACUUGGACAUGCGAAAGAUGCAAUGGUUUGACAAAGGGUUUCGAGGUUAUAGAGAUAAUAGUUGACGUCGAGCACUGCUUACAGGCAUAUGUUGGGGUGGCUAAGGAUCUGAAUGCUAUCAUCAUUGCAUUUCGGGGAACUCAAGAACACAGCAUACAAAAUUGGGUCUCAGACUUGUUCUGGAAACAGCUCGAUCUAAAUUACCCUGAUAUGCCAGAUGCAAUGGUGCACCAUGGCUUUUAUAGUGCUUAUCACAAUACAACUGUACGGCCUGCGGUUUUGGAAGCAGUAAAACGAGCGAAGAAAUCCUAUGGGGCGAGCCUCAACAUCAUGGUGACUGGUCAUUCAAUGGGAGGAGCCAUGGCUUCCUUUUGUGCGCUAGACCUAGUUGUAAAUGAAGGAGAAGAAAACGUACAGGUUAUGACAUUUGGGCAACCUCGUGUUGGGAAUGCUGCUUUUGCAUCUUAUUACAGUUUGCUUGUGCCUAAUACCUUCCGAAUCAUACAUGACCAUGAUAUAGUUCCUCACCUGCCUCCUUACUAUCAUCUUUUCCCUCAGAAAACUUACCACCACUUCCCAACAGAGGUGUGGGUGGCAGACCUCAGUAUAUUGAAUAUAGUUCUUUUUGGUGUGGAGAAAGUUUGUGACAACACCGGUGAAGAUCCUACAUGCAGCAGAUCGGUAAUGGGAACUAGCAUAUCCGACCAUUUAACCUACUUUGGAGUGGAGUUGAUGGGUGAGACUUGGAGACAAUGCAACAUAGUGGUGGGCCGUGAGAUGGAGAGUUACAGGAGGAAAGAUUCAAAGGGUAAUAUAUUCCUGUCGCGGACAGUUCCUUCCAUGGAGGUAAUUGAAACAAAAAGUCCAUCAAAAACCAGAAUCUCAAGUCUAUAGGAGUUGGUUGAAAUCGAGCCUUGAACAAGAAUGCUUGGUUGAAAAGGAGAUUCGGAGAUCCAGAUGUGGAUGAAGAAGUGUUAUCUGAUUCUUUGUUGUCGUGAAAGAGAGUGUAUAAUAAAUCAAGACUUUGUAAAUAAGUCGUAGGUUGAUAAUAUGUAAAAACACAAUGUUUAAAUCCAUAAUCAUAUUGGAUUUGACUAUGUAAAUAUGUGAAUGAUAUAUUCACCACUUAAUGAGAUGAAUGUUCUUAUUAUCA